AUGACGAACUUCAACAUCAAGAUCAUAUCAGACACUGUUUGCCCAUGGUGUUACGUAGGCAAGAAGCGCCUUGACAGAGCCAUCGACCUGUACCGCAAAGUGUAUCCGGGCGGGCGGGACGACACCUUCACCAUAACCUGGGCCCCAUUCUACCUAGACCCAACAUCGCCCAAGGUCGGCAUUCCCGUGCUCGAGCGCAUGGCGCAGCGGUUCGGCACCGAGCGGCUGGCGGCACUACAGCAGCGACUGACGCUCGUCGGGCGCGAGGAGGGCAUCGACUUCAGCUUCAACGGCCGCAUCGGCAACACGCGCGACUCGCACCGGCUGAUCCAGCUGGGCAAGACCAAGGGUUCUGAGGUUGAGAACCGCGUCGUGCUCGAGCUGUUCCGCAGCUACUUCGAGGGCGACGGCGACAUCACGUCGCACGCGACGCUCGUGGCGGCCGCCGAGAAGGCGGGGCUGGUGGGGGAUGAGGUAAGGGACUGGCUGGAGACGGGGAAGGGUGGGGAGGAGGUCGAUGGCGAGGUGGAGGAGGCGUAUGCGCUGGGGAUCCAUGGGGUGCCGCAUUUUACGAUCCAGGGGAAGCGUGUGGUGGAUGGGGCGCAGGAUGCUCAGAUCCUGAUGGCUGAGUUUGCGAAAAUUAAGGAGGAAGGCAAAUGA